CUGGCGCCCUAGUUAACGUCUAACUCAUUUUUAUCCUUUUGUUAGCACUCGUUAUGCAUCCUCGUCACUAUCGUCUCCGAUUCGCUAUCGAUGUCCUCAAGAAUGUCUUCGCACCACAAAUACUUCUAGCCAUCGUGUUCUCCUUCUGCAGAUUCAAGCUAGGCUCGUUCUCUAGAGUGACUGUGUAUGCCUUGUCGGUUCCAGCUACUGGAGCACUGAGGACCUGGUACAAGGACCGCAGAGACCGUGCGGCACUUGCCGCUUUGGGUGCCGUUCCGAUUCCGAGAGUUCGCGGCAAGUGGCCCGGAAAUCUGGACAUUGUUCUGGGUUUCAUCCAGUCUCUCCAUGAUGACUAUCCAAUGCAGUUCAUGGACGACCUUUUCGAGCAAUAUGGCUGUAAGACACUCAAUUUACGAAUGUUAUGGGAAGAUCAGAUAUGGACGAUAGAUGAUGCUCAUGUCAAGUAUAUGCUUACUGGGCCAGGUUUUGAGUGGUUCAAUAAAGGAUAUUACUACUGGCAGGAGCGCUUCGAGAGUCUUCUCGGUAACGGUAUAUUUAACAGAGAUCAUGAGGAGUGGAAAGCCCAUCGCACCAUUGCAAGGCCCUGGUUUGCAAAAGACCGUGUCUCCGACUUUACCAUCUUCGAUCACCAUACAAAUACAACGUUGGGCCUCAUGUCGACUUUUUCUCGUGAGAAUGCAGCGUUCGAUGCUCAGGACCUCUUCGCACGCUUUACUAUCGAUUCCGCGUCAGAGUUCCUCUUUGGUAACUGCUUGAAUACUCUCCAUGGGUCACUCCCCGUCGCCGGCCGUGCAAAGAUGGGACCGAAGGGAAGCUCAAUUGAUGAUGAAUUCGGUACCUUUGCUUGGGCAUUUGAGGUUGAUCUUCGUCCGUCGAGACUGAAUACGACACGAUGUUUACCGAGUCUACUUCAGGACAUACAGGUUCAGAUCGCUCGUAGAACGAGGAUAGGGAAACCAUGGCCACUAUUCGAGUUAUUCAAAGACAAGACAUCGGAGAGCACAAGAAUUGUACAGCAAUGGCUUCAACCGAUCAUACAAUCUGCAUUGAGACAGAAACCCAUUCAGCCUCGUAGUGAGACGAAUGGCGAAGAGGGAACUUUUUUGAGUCACUUGACGGAGAACACAGACGAUCCGGAGACGAUUGGCUACCAGAUACUCAAUAUGCUACUGGCAGGACGGGACACGACGGCGUCUGUCUUGUCUUUUGUUGUGUACUUCCUCGCUAUGUUCCCAGAUACCUGCCAGAGACUUCGCGCUGAAGUAUUACAUGCAUACGGGAACGAUGGCCUACCAUCGACUGAGGACAUGAAGGAAUUGAGAUACCUACGCGCAGUCAUCAAUGAAACUAUGCGACUUUUUCCUCCAGUGCCCAUGAACCUUCGUUUAUCUGACCACACGGCACACGCAUACCCGGCGACUCGGGAUACCCCCAGAUAUGCUGUCCCACCUAACACGGUUAUUCUGUACAACACGUUCUUGAUCCAGCGUCGGUCGGACCUUUGGGGUGCAGAUGCUCUUGAAUUUCGCCCCGAGAGGUGGCUCAAUCCCGAGUGCGCCAAGAGCCUUGCAGAGAACCCAUUCAUGUUCCAUCCAUUUCAUGCCGGACCUCGACUGUGCUUGGGACAAAACUUCGCGUACAACGAAAUGUCGUUCUUCAUCAUAAGAAUGCUCCAACAGAUUGAACGUUUCGACCUCGCUCCUGAUGCUCAGCCUGAAGGGUCACUACCGCCACCCAGGUGGAAGGACGGCAAGGGACGACAAGCUAUCGAGCGGAUAUGGCCAGCUAGUUCCGUAACAGCGUUUGUAAAAGGAGGGUUGUGGGUCAGAGCUAUACCUGCGCGCAAGGACUGAGGACCUGCAACGAAGACUCUGGGAGGCAAGAAUGCACGAGACACUAUACAAAGAUUUACAAUCAACCUGCCAAUGCGUUUUGGUCUGCGACGUUCAACAAUCUCAAUCCCUACAAAUUCACUACCGACCUCCUCUCUACG